AUGCUUUCAUGGAUCACCGGAGCUCGCAUUACGAACGUCGCGGAGGAUCUAGAUGCCAUCGAGCCGUCCUACAUCGAGCCACCAGAAACGCCAGCACCAGUAUUCGCAGUCCGCGCCUUUAAGCAUGCGAUAUUCGGCACACCACAUCCAGACGAAGGCGGCCACAGAAAAACACUUGUUCGUAGAAAUGAAGUGCAAGAAGAGAGGAAGACCACGCAAACUGUAGCGGAGGACAGACGGCCAUUGUUACGCCAGAACUCGGAAGAGUCGGAUCAGGCAAAGCCGAACGGAAUCCUCAUGACGCCCGGAACCGCUGCCACACGCCGAAAAACCGUAUCAUUCGGCGCGCACGUCGUCGACAACGAAGGCAAGAAGUCUACAGUACCCGGUAGGAGUGGUCUACCGAAUAACUGCCCCGGUAAAUUCCCGAGCCCUUGGACUCCAAAAGCAGGCGAUGCAACAGCAGAACCAGUGAGGACAAAACUGACAGCCGCUCUGUUUGAGGCGCGAGACUCUUCGUCGAAGCCGAAAGCCAAAGCCAGAGCCAAGGACGAUGCAGAUAUCACCUUGGACGUGACGGAGCCCCGGUCGGAGUCAGGCCGAUACUGGAAGGAGAAAUACGAGUCGUAUUCGGAGAAGAGUGAAAAGGACGUCAAGAAGCUGAUCACGAAGCAGCAGCUUGCGAAGAACUACGCGAAGAAGAAGGACGAGGAGACCAUGGAGCUUGCCACGCGGCUAGAAGAUGAGCGGAAGAGGCACAAAAAGCGGGAGAAGGGUCUGGAGGCGCAGAUGAAGGAUUACCAGGAGCGGCUCAGACAGUCGAUGGCCGAGAACUUGCGGUCGAGCACUGAGAUCGCGGCGCUGAAGCAGCAGGUGGCUUCGCUCGAAGCGAACUUGGCAAAGCUCGAAGCGCUCGCGAAAGAGACCGCUAUCCCAGAGCUAGACAAAAGCUCAGGGAUCAAGACAGUAGCCACUCCUUCACCAACGAAGCCCAAGAACCUGGACUCCCGAAGGCGGCGUUCAACAACAACGCUUGAAGGCUCAUCACCGAGCCCUUCCAAGCCCGCCUCCACACGCGCUCGCCCUACCCGCCGAAACACAUCGCCCGACCCAUCCCUCCUCCUCGCCAGCCAAGGCCUAAAGGCGCUCGCAGAAGUCACGCGAUCCCCUCUGCGCCCUCGCACAGCGAAUCAACCAGAAGUGGCCACCUCUCCUCUUCGCAUCAGAAACAUGAACAUCAACCAGGAGAACCUUUCGCCUAAGAAACCGAGCAGUCCACUCAAGCACGACGCCUCUAGUCCCUUCCGCUCCCGUGUCGACUUCGACGAGGUAGUCUCGGAUCUCUGGGCUCAGGCGAACGACUCCAGCAUCGGGGCGUUCGACCGGCUGGCCAUGCCUGUAGGCAUAGGCGGCGGCGGCGGCGGCAGCGGCGGUGGCGGUGGUGCUGGACGUCCUAGCCCUCGGAAAGCCCCAGUCAGGAAGCGAAACGCGCCCGUAGGAAACAGCGAUGCCUUGUUGCAACCCGCGCACUACAACGAUGUGGCAGCCGCCGCCACCGUAUCGGAGGAUGUAGUCACCAUUACCCAGCACGCAGCCGCCCCGUCGGCAGCGGCAAGAAAGCCGCAAGAAGCACCUGCCCCUCCGUUCCUAACCCAGCACCAGCCUAUCGACCGUCCCGCGCAGCCGCGAGAAAAGGAUAUUGCUUCAGCUGCGGUAGAAGCAGUGAGGCCCCAACGCGCCAAUACCUCGGCGCUGCUCGACAGGACCCCUGACGACGGAGAUGAUCCGCUGGCGCAGGCUAGAAAGCGGGUCGCGGAGCGGAGGAGGCUGAAACGCGAGGGAGCGGUGGCUUGA